AUGUGUGGUACAGUUGAUCCUGCAACUUUGAUUUACGAUCCAGAGAUAGAAAGGACUGCAAAGAGGAUAAGACAACAUACCAAGCAGAGGAGGCAAGCAGAGGCUUCUACUUCACAUUCUGAAGCAGAAAAUUCUACUUCACACUUUGAAGUAGAAACAGAGAUGGCAGAAGAAAAUCCACCAGCAGCUGAGCUGAUGGAAUCAGUUUUGGCUCCUCAAUUCACAAGGCCAAACUCGAACGAUGCGAUCAGACUCCGAUUGUUCCCGUUUGCAUUGACCGGGAGAGCUCUCAAAUGGUUGGAUCGACAAGCUCCCAACAGCAUCAGAACAUGGGAGGAUUUGGCGGCUAAAUUUUUUGCUGAACACUUUUCCAUGGAAAAGUACAAUAAGUUGGUGAAUGAAAUCACCAAUUUUACCCAACAACCAGGAGAGACUUUAUGUGCAGCCUGGACUCGAUACCAGGAGCUGAUCAGAAAGUGUCCACAAUAUGACUUGCCAGAUACAAAGAAGGUCAGAGUCUUCUAUAAUGGGAUGACGCCAGAAUGCAGAAUGAUUGUCAAUGGUGCAGCUGGUGGCACCAUAGGAAAGAAGACAGCAGAUGAGACCUUAGAGCUGCUGGAUUUAAUGGCAAGGAAUGAGAAUGCGUCUAUGGCAGCAGCAUUCCCAUCUGUUCAGCCCAAGAAAGGAAUUUUACAAUUGGGGAAUAAUGAUGCAUCACUGGCUGAGCAAAAAGUGAUUUCACAGCAAUUGGCCAGUUUGAAUGCCAAGCUGGACAUGAUGCAGCUCUCAACAUCUAAGGUUGAUAUAUUUAACUGUGAGUAUUGCAAGGAGCCGCAUGACACUAAUGAGUGCCCUACACUCAAUAAAGCUGAACCAUUCCAGGUCAAUGGAAUUUGGUAUGAUCCACAGCCUCCACAGAAUACUCAAUGUUACCAAAGGAAUCAGAAUGGCGACCAAGGAAAUAACUUUCAAAGGAGGAACCAAGGGAGUGGUUUGGAUUAUAAAUCCAACAACUAUCUACAACCUCCUCCUCUGCCACAAAAAGAGCCAUCUGAGUUGGAGAAAGCAAUGAUACAACUGUCAAAGACCACUAAUGAUCACAUUAAUGAGACAAGAGCUUACCACAAGAACCAGGAUGCUUCCAUCCGGAACUUGGAGAGUCAGAUAAGCCAGUUGUCUAGGCAGUUGGCUGAAAGAACUCAAGGGCAGUUUCCUGGAGAUACUAUUGUGAAUCCUAAGGAAGACUGCAAAUCUAUUGUAACCAGGAGUGGAAUUGUGAUCACUCCUCAAGACAAGCAAAAAGGGGUUCAGAAAGCGAAGGUUGAUGAACCAGUGAUCGAGCCAGAGCAAGAAAAAUAG